GGCAUGGAAUGGGCCACUUCACCUUCAGUCUCGCUAACAUUCGCUCAGAGUAGCAUCGAGACGUUCUGCAAUGGUAUCAACAGCCAGAGCGAAGCCACCUACAGCGUGCCGAACACGGUUGAUACGGAACUGUUCCUAGGAGCUAUCAGUCAGACUGGUGAUCCUUCAUGUACUACUCCGUCGACAUUCUCAACAAGUGAUUGCACGACAGCACUCAGCAACAUCAUCAACAAUUGCGAUACGUCCUCCACUAGCAGGAAGUACGGCGGCGUGAGCGCAACCAACUGUCUGGCUUGA